AGGACUACAAGGUUGUCUUUAGUCUGAUUGGACCUUGCCAAGGGUUUUAUGCUGACACCGUGUAUAUUUGAGGUCGGAAACAACACCUCAGCACAAAUGAUAACUUCUGGACAUCGACUCUUCAUCAUCGUCAUCCUCUUCCUCAUCAGCAUCUCCUCGUACUUGUUGCACCACCACUUGUUGAACAACGAGCUCCUCGCGUGGAGGCAAAAGCCAAGUAUUGCCCGUAAGAAUGUCACCGUCCUUCUGUGGCACUGGCCGUUUGGUCGUCACAGCCGAAUAGAUGGAGACAAAUGCUGGGAGAUGUACAAUAUCAGUCACUGUUUCCUCAGUGAUAACACCUCCAUCUUCCCCACAGCCGACGUGGUCGUCUUCCACCACCGGGAGCUGAAAUCGGAUCGCUCUACGUUGCCCUUUCACCUCCCUCGUCCGGCAUCCCAGCAGUGGGUGUGGCUGUCCUUGGAAUCGCCAGAUCACAAUGUGAACGUUGCCGCUUUCAAUGGCCUGUUCAACUGGACCAUGACCUACAGACGGGAUGCAGAUAUAUACAUUCCUUAUGGAAAGACCAUUCCGGGAGGUAAGAUUUUGACCCACAAAGCACCACAGAACCGCACUUGCCUUGUUAGCUGGGUGGUCAGCAGAUACAUGUCCAAGCAGACGAGGGCUGGCAUUUACCAAAACCUAAAGAAAUACAUACCCAUAGAGGUGUAUGGUCACUGGAACCGUAGGCCCCUGUCCAACAAACAAUUGCUACCUACCAUUGGACGCUGUCUUUUCUACUUGGCGUUCGAGAACUCUGAGUCCAUGGAUUACAUCAGCGAGAAGCUUUGGAGGAACGCCUUCCAGUCAGGGGCGGUACCGGUCGUCCUCGGCCCCAGCAGAGCAAACUAUGAGGCACUGGCUCCACCUGGCUCCUUCAUCCAUGUGAAGGACUUCAACAGCACCAUGGACCUUGCCGCUUUCCUCAAGAGCCUGGCUGCAGAUAGGAAAGCCUAUGAAAGGUACUUCCACUGGCACCGCACUCACAGCAUCAAGACCUACACUGACUGGAGGGAAAGGCUGUGCCAGAUUUGUGUCAACUACAACAGAUUACCGACUCACAAGGUCUACCACGACCUUGACGGCUGGGUUAGAAAAUAAGAAUCCCUGUGUUUACAUUUUAAAAAAAAUAUAUUUAUGGAACGCAUAUUAGUCAAUCAAUUUUUUUUAUUUAUAUAGCACAUUUUGUACAUUGAAAUGCAAUGCAAUGUAAUUUACAUCAUGUCAAAGUGCACAAAUAGAAAGUAGUCAAUAAUAAAAGAAGAAAACACAGAAAAGACAAAAUCCUGAUAUAAAACCAAAACAAAAAUAACAAAGUUAAAAAUAAACAAAUAAUGAAUACGUAGAUAAAUAAAUUUAGACCUCCGCAAAAUGAGUGAGGAGAAUAUGAUGGGGAAGGAAGAGGUGUUUUGAGUAUGUGUUGAGAUGUUGUUAUUGAAGUGUCUGUUUUAUUUCAAAUGGGAGACCAUUCCACAAGUUUAGAACCAUAUGUACACGACGGUGCUUUCACCAUGAGUCUUAGUUCAUGUUCCUGUAAUAGUUUGGAGGAGAUCGUCUCUAGGUCUGCGGUACCAAGAACAUAUUUGUACAUGUCAUUAAUGUAGUUUGCAGAAGAAGUAUUGACACUUUAUGUAAGCAACGCUGCAUACAUAACGCUGCAAGGACUAAUUGCGGACUAUGCAAGGACUAAUCGCAUGCAAAACCAUGACUGGUUGAGCUCUGGGCCAUGAAAAUGGAGAAGUGGGAACUUCGCACAUCCACAAAUAAGUCAUUGCACAAGAGGCAGUUCCCUUUCAAUACUGUCAACACUGGUGCAAAAUAUGGGAGGGGGUGGACGCAAGGCAGAUUCCCCCUGCACAUUUCGAAAAUUUUACCCAGUGCAGUAAUAUUUGCCUCCAGCAAUUAUUGCAGAGCAGAAACAUCAGUUAGUGGUUGUGGUAAAGGAAGAUGGUUUUGCAGGUUCAGAGUAACAUUAGCAGUUUGUAAGGUAGAUUUGGAACAGGUAAGUGGCUAGGCUAAUUAAUUCUCUCGUUAGACAUACUAGCAGGUAGGUUGAGGAGUCAUGAAUGGAGGCUGUACUCAAGCAGAAUUUUUAAUGUCAGAGCACUAUUAAACUAUACUGGAAUAAGAUGUGUCGUCAUGGUAUGUGAGAGCUGACCCCAAUAGUAUAUAUGUGUGUGUGAGUGUGUGUGUGUGUGUGUGUGUG